AUGGAUUGGAAUAUAGCUGCAGAACAGAGAUUAAAUGGGUUGAAUGAGCUUGAUAUGUUUCUCUUGAAAGCGUAUGAAAGUUCAGCCCUCUACAAAGAAAAAUUGAAGAUGUACCAUGAACAAAGGAUUGAGAAGCGCAACUUUGUGGUUGGGGAUUCGGUGCUUUUGUUCAACUCUAGGUUGCGCAUGUUUUCGGUCAAACUCAAGUCCAAAUGGACUAGUCCAUUCUUGAUCACUAAAGUGUUCCCUCAUGGUGCGGUUGAGUUGGAGAACAAGGAGGAUGCACGGUUCACAGUAAAUGGGCAACAGAUUUAA